GAAGCAGGAAGUGGGGGAGCCGCGCCGCGCACACCGCGGAGCGGGCGGCGGCUGCGGCGGCGCGGUCCGGCCGGGCCGAUGGCGGAGAAGUUCGACCACCUGGAGGAGCACCUGGAGAAGUUCGUGGAGAACAUUCGGCAGCUCGGCAUCAUCGUCAGCGACUUCCAGCCCAGCAGCCAGGCCGGGCUCCACCAGAAGCUGAAUUUCAUUGUUACCGGCCUACAGGACAUAGAUAAGUGCAGGCAGCAGCUUCACGACAUUACUGUACCUUUAGAAGUUUUUGAAUACAUAGAUCAAGGUCGAAACCCCCAACUCUACACCAAAGAGUGYCUGGAGAGGGCUUUGGCCAAAAAUGAGCAAGUUAAAGGCAAGAUUGACACAAUGAAGAAAUUUAAAAGCCUGCUGAUUCAAGAACUUUCUAAAGUGUUUCCAGAAGAUAUGGCUAAGUACCGAAGCAUCCGGGGUGAGGAUCACCCGCCUUCCUAAGCCUGCGAAGACCCCAAGUCCUUGACGGACCAGGACCAAGCCAGCAGGAGGCCAUGAUUGUCCGCACUGACGGUGCCUUCCUGCCAGUGUGGACUGGCCCUGGACCUGUCCCUACCCCUGAUGUCCCUGUCGGUAGACCUCGUGGGAUUCUGGGGCUGGACGAGAAGUGGAGCGGAGCCCCUCUGUCUCUGUAGCCCUUGACUGGUGGUCCCACAUCCUCAGAGUGAUUCCUUUCAUUCUCUCAGUGGGCAAAGGGCCCAGGGUGAAUCCUGGAAAUGUUAAGUGUGAUCAGUAAAUUAAAAGUUCAAAAAAUUCUA